UAGAAGGUCCUUUCCAUCUGUUGGGCUGAACACAAGUCAGGGAAUACAAAUCAACCUACACAGCACAGGAGAAAUACAGAAAGGCAAGGAAAGAGAAAAUUCUUCAAAUACAGGCUGCAUUCUGUAACUAGCAUUUAUUGUCGGCGUGUCUAAUUUUUUAUUUUGAAGGUUAAUAAUUUUAAAAAUAUUCAUAUUCACUUGGAAACAAUUCAGUGAUGAAAUUAAGCGUGGGGAUAUUUUUUGGAGGCUUCUUUGGGGCGCUGGGAGUUUUGCUUUUUUUGGUGGCCUUUGGGACAGACUACUGGCUUCUGGCUACAGAAGUUGAAAGAUGUUCAGGAGGUCCAAACAAUACUAGGGAGGAGCAGGUCACUUUCCACCAUGAAGGUUUCUUCUGGAGGUGCUGGUUUGUUGGCGAUGUAGGAGAAGACACAAACAGUAUUUGGAAAUUUUGGUACACCAACCAAUUGCCAUCUAAGAAUUGCACGCAUGCCUACCUUUCUCCAUUUCCUUUUAUCCGAGAUGAACACAACUCAACCUCCUAUGACUCUGCAAUCAUUUAUCGUGGUGUCUGGAGUGUACUCAUGCUCCUGGGAGUGAUCACUGUUCUGGUGGGAAGCUUCUUCAUCAUCUGUGCAGCUCCCUUUGCCAGCCAUAUCCUGUACAAAGCAGGGGGAGGCAUUUUCAUCGCUGCUGGCAUCUUGUUUUCACUGGUGGUCGUGAUGUAUGUCAUCUGGGUCCAGGCAAUGGCUGAUCUGGAAAACUACAUGAAUACCAAAAAAAUGGAUUGCCCAGACUUUGUUGUUUAUGUGCGCUAUGGCUGUAUCCACUAA